GCGCGGGCAUCGCCGAGUACGACCUCAAGGACAUUUCCUACACCGUGAAGAGCCCCACGUGCCACGAGCUGGUGGUCUUCGGCUCCCUGGACGAGCCCAUGGUGUUCAACUUCGAGGAGGAGCGGGAGGCGCAGAAGUGGUGGACGAUCGUCAGCAGCUCCCUGCGGGAGGUGCAGAAAGCCUCCGACAGCAGCCUGCCGGCCUCCCAGGCCUCGUCCCUGCCCGCGGCAGCCGGCGGCAGCUCCGCCGAUCGGGACCCGGAGGAAGCUUUGUUCUCGGAGCUCUCCAGGAAAGAGGAGCUGGCGCUCCAGCUGGCGCAGGCCAUCGAGGACAGCGACGAGGAGGCGGCCGCGCAGUGCGCCGUGGCCCUGGCUCGGCAGCAGGCCACCCUCAGCAUCCUCCUGAAGGAGUCCAACUACCCCUCGGACGGCAUCAGCAUGAACGUCGGCGUGGAGGAUGCGACGUCGUCUGCCAGCAUCAUCCUCAGGGUCCAGGCUCACACUACAAUAGCGACACUCAAGCAGCAGGUGUUCCAGGAUUACGGGUUCCACCCCCUGGUUCAGCGGUGGAUCAUCGGGCAGUGCCUGUGCGUGGAUGAACGGACAGUUUCCUCGUACGGCAUCCGCAGGGAUGGGGACACGGCCUUCCUGUACCUGCUGUCGGCCAAGAGGGCCGAGCUGACGCAGCAGCGCUACGAGGAGGACCAGGCACAGCUCCUGCUCAACUCCAUCGCCUCGCUCAACGACGGCGCCGGGGAGCAGCGCAAAUACAACACGCUGCCCAGCAUGUCCCCCAGGAAAGCGUGGGGGAGUGACCCCAGCAGGAAGAUGGACAUCAGUGAGAUCAGCCAGCACCUGGACACGAUGCAGAUCGGAGACCUUGUCAGCAACCAGCCGCCGUCGGCUGCCGCCUCCCUGCCCUCGCCGGUGCAGGCGGGCUGGUCGUGCCCCAAGUGCACCUUCAUCAACAAGCCCACGCGGCCGGGCUGCGAGAUGUGCAGCACGGACCGCCCGGACGACUACGUGGUGCCCUGCAGCUACAAGCCCGACGAAACUGAGCUGUGGAGGAUCCAGCAGGAGCAGGAGGGCAUCCUGCAGUACCAACAGGCGCUGGAGGCCGAGCGGCUGAGGAACUUCCAGCAGCUGCUGCAGCUGGAGGAGGAGGUGCUGGUGCCCAACCGGGAGGUCCUGGAGUGCCGCAUCUGCUACCAGCAGGUCGCCCCGGGCGAGGGGGUGCUGCUGCGCGAGUGCCUGCACAACUUCUGCAGGGACUGCCUGCGCCAGGUCAUCAACUACAGCGAGGAGCCCGAGGUGGCCUGUCCCUUCCGCGACGACGCCUACGCCUGCAGCAGCCACCUCCAGGAGCGCGAGAUCCGGGCGCUGGUGUCGCCGGAGGAGUACCGGCGCUUCCUGGAGAGGAGCCUGGUGCUGGCGGAGCGGCGCACGCAGAACAGCUUCCACUGCAAGACCACGGACUGCCGCGGCUGGUGCAUCUACGAGGACUCGGUGAAUGAGUUCCGCUGCCCCAUCUGCCAGGCCCUCAACUGCCUGCUCUGCAAGGCCAUCCACGAGGGGAAGAACUGCCGGCAGUACCAGGACGACCUGCAGCUCCGGGCGCAGAACGACGCGGCCGCCCGGCAGACCAGCGACAUGCUGCAGACCCUGGUGCAGCUCGGCGAGGCCAUGCACUGCCCCACGUGCCACAUCAUCGUGCAGAAGAAGGACGGCUGCGACUGGAUCCGCUGCACCGUCUGCCAGACCGAGAUCUGCUGGGUGACCAAGGGGCCGCGCUGGGGGCCGGGGGGUCCCGGGGACACCAGUGGCGGGUGCCGCUGCAACGUCAACGGCCAGAGGUGCCACCCGCGCUGCCAGAACUGCCACUGAGCCUCGGCCUGGCCCAGCCUCGUGGGACGGGGGCUCCAAGCAGCCGGGCGGGAGCCGUGCUCCUCGCCCCGGGGGUGGCCCGGGGGCCGCUGGAGCUGGCGCAGCUGCAGCGCGGCCCCAGCAGGGCCUAGAGAGACGCUUUUGGUCGCAGGGAUGGCCGCAGGGCCACGUCCCCCUCGGGGCUGGCGGCAGCCGGGGAUGGACAGGAGGGGAGCGGGCAGGGGCCAGGCCCCAGGC